CUUUUUUUCUAGUGUAAAAUAAUUUGGUGUAUUAAUUGUUUGUCCAUCUGAUGUAAUUGUUCAGACCUCAGCAUAUAGAGUAAGGAUAGUCUGAGUGGCUGUUGUUCAGUGCCUGGAUUGUCUCUCCUUCCUUUCUUCUAACCAGGAAUCCAAUUACACAGGAUUACAAGGAUAAGUUGCCACUCUGCAACACAUAGGGUGUAGGAAGAGAGAGGGAGAGGGAUGGCAGCAUAUGUCUAUAUUUCCUCAGAAGACAAACAAAACGUCUCCGACUACUGAAACAGGUAAAUUGCAUUGGAAACGGGGACAGUCCUAGACAGCGUUCCUGCGUGACAAGCUCUUCCCAAGACUUGAGACUGGAGGUCAGAGAGCUUGUACCCUGGCCUUCUCCCCCAGGGUCCUUCCAACAAGGUGGGAAGGGGGAUCAGCCAAACCGACCACAUGGAGGACAGGCCUCUCUCGCCCCUCUUGCUGGCCAUAUUGUUUUUGUUAACAUGUGCGAGCGAAGAUGACCACUCACUGCACACACAUCAGGUCAGUACUGCUCAGUGUGGUGAAUACAGCAAUCAGGUCCUGGAGGACGGCAUGUGCCGACUCAUGGCCACGCUGCCUCAACUGGACGACCAGCGCUGCCCGGACAUGUUCCGCUGUACAGAUGAGGUUUCAUACUGGCUUCAUGAAAAUGAGGAACGCAAACAGCAGAUUCUGGCCCUGCGCGAGACAGUGUCUGAACUGCAGGAGGAGCUUCGCAACCACCGUCAUCGAGUCAAAGUGUUAGAACUACAAAGUGAAGAGAAGAACCGCAAUAAUUCAUCUAUUGAGCAGCGCUUGCACGAGCUGGAAGAUCAUUAUGCUGAGGCCACAACCCUGUUGCACAUCCAGGGCUCUCUGAUCUAUGACCUCCAGGCCCAAAUCCAUAACCUUUCCCUGCUGGUGGAAAAAGUCAGACGUAACCCUGGCUGCAUGAUCAACAUAGUCCGAACCAGCCCGCUGAUCAAUGCACAGGAAGCCCUGCAUCCCGAGGUGCAGCAUGUCAGGAACUGCCCCAUCGACUGUGCUUCCAUCUACUAUAAUGGAGUGCGUCGUUCUGGGAUCUACACCGUUGUGCCCUCGCUGGGGGCCAUGCCUGUGGAAGUCUACUGUGAUAUGGACACAGACGGUGGCGGUUGGACUGUGUUCCAGCGUAGGCAAGAUGGCUCCGUGAACUUUGACCGCAGCUGGAAGGAGUAUAAAGAAGGAUUUGGAGACCUACACACCGAAUACUGGCUGGGAAAUGAGCACAUACAUGACCUGACCAGCCAGGGAGACUACGUGCUCCGUAUUGACCUGGAGGACUGGAGCGGGAAACACAAACACGCUGUUUAUCAGAGUUUCAGUGUGGAGGACGAGACCACUCAGUACCGUCUGCAUGUGACGGGCUUCAGCGGGACAGUGGAGGACUCCUUCAGCUGGUACCAUGACAAGCAGGGCUUCAGCACACCCGACACGGGCAACAUCUGUGCCGAGAUCUCCCAUGCCGGCUGGUGGUAUAACCAGUGUUUCUACGCAAACCUCAAUGGCAUCUACUACAAGGGCGGCCGCUACUCUCUGAAGGGGAAGAACCCUCUUGGUCCGGACGGUAUCGUUUGGUACACCUGGAAAGAUUCCGAUUUUUACUCUCUGAGGAAGGUCAGCAUGAUGAUCCGACCCAAAACCUUCCGACAGCAUCUGUCACCCUGAAUCAGGCCCGACCAAUGAGCUCGGGAUCAUACGUCAAUCAGCCAAUCACAGUUCUCAGAGCCACAGCGAUGGAGGAUGGAAGGAGAGAGAUAAACGUGUAUGGACUGGCUCAUUUCUCUGAAUGUAUUCAAGAAGGCCAUUUUUUACAGUAGGUUUAUACCAAAGACCAGAGAAGGACUGCUGCUGAAACAGUCAGUGUUUGCCAUUCAGUCAGCCUAAUAUGUAUGUUACAUGCCUAUAUUUUAUAUACCCAUGGAUUUAAGAUUUAAAUAAACAUUUUGUUGACUUAUUUUAUAAAUGUGUAUUAAAAAUAGAUUUAAUUUCUGUAGAGUACAUUGGGAGAAAAGGCCCUUAUUUUAUUUUCUCUCAAAGCACUAAAUAGCAACAAACACCUCACUGCAGUUUCUUAAGCACCUGGGAUCAUUGCAUGAUGAUUUAUGAUUGCAUUUAAUCAAACAUAAAAGUUUGGGGUGUGUAAGAUUUUACAGCAGCAUUUAUUUGAUCAAAAAUACAGUAAAAACGGUAAAAAAACAACAACAAAAAAAGUCUUUACUGUCACUUUUAAUCAAUUUAAUGUCCAUGCUGAAUAAAAGUAUUAAUUUCUAUAAAAAAAAAAACCUUUUGUGCUUAUGUUUUGAAAUAUAUAAUUAAACAUAUAAUAAUAUAUUUUUUAAAUAUUGCAUAAUUAUGUAGAAUCCCUUACAUUAUCACAUACUUUGAUUGGCGGAGAAAAAACAUCAUAAAAGUAUAGUAUUUGAGGUAAAAAGCCCCUUAAAAAAAGUCCCAAAAAAGCCAAAGACCAAAGCCAAAAACAUUGUAGCUUAAACAAAUAUGCCUGUAAUAAUAAUGUAGGUUCCUGAUGUACACUCUAAUGUACUAAAAGCAAAAAAUAAUAUAGUUAAAAAACACCUUUUAAAAUAUUAUAAAAUACCUGAGUUUAUGAAAUGCCAAAAGUGAUUGAAAUAAAUGGGAAAUGAUAA